GUGUGUGUGUGUGUGUGUGUAUGCUCUCCGUAGCCUCUGAGUGUCUGUCUGUAACUUAAUUCUUCCACUUGAGACGUUCUCUCAUGCCCGCCAUCCACCCUAACCCGGUGGAUCUCCGAUCCUAGACAAUGUCUAACCCGCUUUGACUGGCCCUGUUCCCUGGUUAUGGCAAGCUUUUCCACCUGCCGCACCCACUCCCAAAUCUAUUGACUGAUCCUAUCCCCCAAGAACGGUAACACAGGAACUGUCCUCUGAGACUCUGGAUGACUUUAUUCUUCAAAUGGCUUUACACUUCCAAUAGUUCCAGGGACCCUCCAUUCCCCAUAUCCUGGAAAAUGUGAUGAGCUACAGGUAUCAGCUUCUAGAUCACCACUUUAACGUUCUAGCUACAAGUACUCGAGCAGAAGAUCCAGGGGCAGCGAGGUCCAUCAGGAAGAUGUCUAAAGAAAUGGCAGACCAAAGAGAAGAAGGAGCAGCUGGGGAAAGAGUGGCAUGCAGAGAUCAGAUCAAAGAAUCGGACAAAGACGAGGAACCACCAGCUGCUUCAUCCCAUGGCCAGGGGUGGCGUCCAGGUGGCAGAGCACCUAGGAACUCAAGGCCUGAACCCGGGGCCAGACCCCCUGCACUCCCCAUCAUGGUCAAUGACCCACCAGUACCUGCCUUACUGUGGGCCCAGGAGAUGGGCCACGUCCUGGCAGGCCGUGCCCGCAAGCUGCUACUGCAGUUUGGGGUGCUCUUCUGUACCAUCCUGCUCCUGCUCUGGGUGUCUGUCUUCCUCUAUGGCUCCUUCUACUAUUCCUACAUGCCGACAGUCAGCCACCUCAGCCCCGUGCAUUUCUACUACAGGACCGACUGUGAUUCCUCCGCCUCCUUACUCUGCUCCUUCCCUGUUGCCAAUGUCUCACUGGCUAAGGGUGGACGUGAUCGGAGAUGGGGCUACCUUGGGCAGGUGCUGAUGUAUGGACAGCCGUACCGCGUUACCUUAGAGCUUGAGCUGCCAGAGUCUCCUGUGAAUCAAGAUUUGGGCAUGUUCUUGGUCACCAUUUCAUGCUACACCAGAGGCGGCCGAAUCAUCUCCACCUCUUCACGCUCCGUGAUGCUGCAUUACCGUUCAAACCUGCUCCAGAUGCUUGACACACUGGUCUUCUCUAGCCUCCUGCUGUUUGGCUUUGCAGAGCAGAAGCAGGUCCUGGAGGUGGAGCUGUACCCAGAAUACAGGGAGAACUCGUACGUGCCGACCACCGGAGCCGUCAUCGAGAUCCACAGCAAGCGCGUCCAGCUGUACGGAGCCUACCUCCGCAUCCACGCCCACUUCACUGGGCUCAGGUACCUGCUGUACAACUUCCCGAUGACCUGCGCUUUCAUUGGUGUCGCCAGCAACUUCACCUUCCUCAGCGUCAUCGUGCUUUUCAGCUACAUGCAGUGGGUGUGGCGGGGCAUCUGGCCCCGACACCGCCUCUCUCUGCAGGUAAACAUCCGAAACAGAGACAGGUCCCACAAGGAAGUCCAGCGGAGGAUCUCUGCCCAUCAGCCAGGAGGCACAGGGCCCCAAGGCCAGGAGGAGUCCCCUCAGCUGUCACCCAUUACAGAGGAUAGUGAGAGCCGUGCAGAUCCCUCGGAGCCAGAAGGCCAGCUGUCUGAGGAGGAGAAACCAGAUCAACAGCCCCUGAGUGGCGAGGAGGAGCUAGAGCCCGAGGCCAGUGACGGUUCAGGCUCCUGGGAAGAUGCAGCUCUGCUGACGGAGGCCAACCUGCCUGUUUCUGCCCCUGCCCUUGCCCCGGAAACCGUGGGCAGCUCUGAACCCUCCACAGGCACUGUCCGACAGCGCCCCAUUUGCUCUAGUUCCUGAAGAGAAUAGGGCAGAGUUCCCACACUCCAGCCCUCUCCCCCCCCCAUCCCUUUCCCUUUCCGGGGCUCCCCCAAUAAACUCUUUUCAUGCCA